UACAACUUGUUAUCAGUUACUAGUAUCGUCUGGCGCUUGCCCAGGAAUCUCAUUAUCUCAAUGUGUAAAAUUUGUACCUGAAAUCAAUAUAUGAUCAAUUUGACUAGAUUACAAUGUUUACAAGCGCUAGAUUACAAUGUUUACAAGUGCACUUAAUAUGGUUUUAUGCAAGUGUGAAACCCGGAAGUAAAUUAGACAAACUAUAUUUAGCGGUUGAUUGAUACAGAAAGUGAUUUAUAUCUUAUUCGUUUACCGAGAAGGAAAAUGGGUAACAUACUUCCUGUACCCGUGUCAGACACGUCAAAUCCUAAAAGGUAUGUUCAGCAUCAGCAGAAUGACGAUACACCAACCAGAUCACAACAGCCUGGCAAAGCACCACCACCGCGUCCUCCUAGACCACCCAGUCGUUCUAACUCAACUGAUGAAAUGGUUGACAAUAUUGACAAACAUCUUACAGACUUGAAUGAAAGCGUAAGGACAUUAAAAGGAGGCAAGCCAUCAGAAACGAAACCACAGCUGUUAAAAAUGAUGUCUCGGACUGAAAGAGAUUUGCACAACCUGAAUCAGCAAAUGCAAAAAGAAGGAAAAUCGAUAUUUUACACAUUCCCAGAGGAAGACAAGGAGAUACUACAAGAGGUGUUAUCAGAAAACGAAAACCUUAAUACGCAAAUCGUUGAUCUGAAAGCAAAAGUAGAAGCAGAAAGUAAAAAGACACAAAAGUUUCGACAGAAAAGCAAAACUCUAAAGGCUUCUUUAAUAACCGAGAAGAAAAAUACAGAAAAGAUUGAAGCAGAAAAUACAAAAUUAUUGCUGCGUUGUGCCGAGACAAAUAUUGACAAACAGAAGUUUCAAUCAUGA